CUGGGGUUGGGGUCUUUCUCUCUCUCUUUCUUUCCCCUUCCCCUCUCACAUUUCCUCUCAUCUCGGCUGUUGUGCCCCUAUAUAUCCUCUGACACAGACCCUCUCCCCGUCGUAGUCAUUAUUGGUGGUUUGGCGGCAGCGGGUGUCUGUAUGUCGGUGUGAUACUGAGCUGCAGAUAUUGGACUUUUCUUCUUCUCCUGUGCAGCAGAUUCUCAGUUAAUAUUAUUAGUUUUCUGAAAUAAGAAUUUGAACAUUCUGUCCAGCUGUGCGCUGACUGGAAAAACCCAAAAGGUCCAGACUCAUCAGACAAACAGCAGAGUUUUUCGAUCGUGCGGUUGGCAACCUGCGGCCAGGUGAACAUGACGAACCCAUCAUCUCUCCUGAGACUGGCCUUGCUGCUGCUGCUGCUGCUGCUGGUGCUGGUGUGCGGCACAGAUGCAAAGAUGGACAUCAUCACCAGUAAGCAAGAUGUGCUGGUGGGAGAAGAGAUGUUACUGUUGUGUAAAGCUGGGGGAGAGGGGGAAUUAAGAUGGCAGAAGGACGGGGAAGACAUUGAUGAUGAAGAGAAGGUGUCAACAAUAGAUGAGACCUCCUCUAAAUUGCUCAUUAAGAAUGCUAUGAUGCAGGACGCGGGCAAGUAUACCUGUCUGUGUGAAUUCGAAAGCGGACACCAAGACGAGGUCCAAAUACAGCUCUACGUUUAUGAGGGUCCAUCAUUUGGAAGCAACAAAACCUACCAUGAGCUCCUGGAGGGUACAAACGGGGUGGUGGCGUGCCCGGUGACUGGUCAGCCAGCGGUGGAUGUUCACUGGCUCCGGGACAGGAAAGAAAUCUCUUCUCAAGAGGGAGAGCGUGUGCGUCAGCUGACUGAUAACACACUCCGCAUUGAAAAAGUGAAGAGAGAGGAUGCUGGGACUUACGUGUGUCAGGCCCAGAUCAGAGGAAGGCCCAUUUAUCAGCACCUCUCCGUGUCUGUUGUCGUCAACGCUCCCCCAAGGGUGCAUCUGAGAGAGAAGGUGAAGAAAGUGAUGGCCGGAUCGGAAACCAACGUUUCUUUGGUUUGUUUGGUGGACGGUCUACCGAAACCCAACAUCACCUGGAACAUGCCAAGCAAAUUUGACCCUUCACAUCAUCGGUUCAACUCAGACAGCAGCGAGUUGACUAUACGGUCUGUCGCCAUAGCGGACUACGGGGAGUACAUCUGCACCGCAGUCAACAAGAUUGCUGAGGACAGUGCGACCAUCGUGCUUCAUGUUUUUGAGGCCCCAGAGGUGUUUGUUUCAGCAGAGCAGCAGAGUGUUUCAGUGGGGGAGCGCGUGACUGUGACCUGUAACGUCUCUGGCCAUCCUCAGCCUGAGCUGCACUGGCUCAACAAGCACAAUGGACGCAUACUGAAUUCGGCCUCUGGUCAUAGCCAUGUGGAGGAUGGUGUGUUGGUGAUUGAUGACAUAGUGCCCUCUGAUGGCGGGCUGUAUUCUUGCAUGGCUGUCAGCCCCUCUGGCAAUGCGUCCAGAGACGUUGCAAUACACACCCAGCCCGGUCCCCCCCACUACAUGUCGGUAUUACCUGGACCGACCUCAGUCCUCUUCUCCCUCAAAACCCCACCCAUCAGUGGAGGGACACCAAUCACAAGUUUUGUCUUGCAGUGGAGGCAAAGUGCAGCAGAAAAGUGGAAGGAGGUCACAGUCCCAACUUCAGAUCCCCUGGCUAUCACUGCCCUAAAGCCCUACACGUUGUACGCAGUGCGCUUGGCUGCCUUGAAUGCAGUAGGCCUGGGACAGUUCUCCGACACAAGCAGUGUUCGUACCCAGGGAAUACGUGAACCCGACAGUCCAGUUUUGUCCUCCAGUGAGAUAAAAAUAGAGGGCAACUCCCUCUCUGUGCCUCUUAAACAGACUGAUGAUGGUGGAGCGCCUCUGCUGCACUUCAUCAUACGAUACAGAGAGGAUAAAGAAGGGGCUGAGUGGAAAGAGCUUGAGCUGCCUUCCAGUGCUGACACCGUCUCCCUUCGAGACCUGUCUUUUGGGUCAAACUACCAACUGGAGGUCACGGCAGGCAAUAGUAAUGGUUCCUCUAUGCCUGCUACGAUGAACUUCACCAUCGCGGAAAAGCCUCGUACGUCGCCUCCGAGCGGCCGCAGCAUGACCAAAGGCAGCGUGGUUGGCAUCGUCAUGGUGAUCUUUCUGGUGGUGUUCCUGGUGGUGGAUGCAACCUGCUGCUACAGAAAUCGCUGCGGCCUUCUCAUGUCCAUCGCUGUGAAACUCUUUGGACAGAAAGUGCCAGGCCAGAAAAUGCUCGAAGAAGGACCGGGAGCCACUAAUGGGGACGUGAAGCUGAAAGGCAUGACCACUCCUGGAGGCAGUAUACAGCAGGUGGGAGUUCAGACACUCACCAAGGAGGGGGGGCAGCUCACGGAGGUCACCUGCGACAAAGCCCCCCUCACCAAACACGAGAAAACACAACCAGAUAAAAACCAGUCCACCGCUGACGCGUGAGGCGAGAACUGACCGAACGAGUAACGUGGGCGUAAAGCAUGUGAAAUUGUACUGCUAUGGAACAAUCAACCCCUGACUCUGAACUCUCAGCCAUCUCUGCGUUGGAUUCAACUGCCACGGGAAAGGUCAAAUGUCCUGACACACAGGAGAAAACUGAACUCAAAACUGCUCUUUUACAAACCUCUGUCCUUGCAGCUUCCAGCUGACAGAGACCUCGGGCGGGAGACGGUGUCGCAUUCUAGUUCCCUCUGCUCUGAUCAGUUUGAGCUAAACUUUGAGGACAAAAUCUCCUUUACAGGGUAAUCUUGAUGUCUGUGUUUUACAGGGUAAAAUUGUCGUUACUAUUUAAUUUUCAUUGCUUAGUAUAUAGAUUACCUACUGCAUUUUAUACUGUUGUACACAGACAGAUGGUCUUAUUUGAUAUGUGCUCUUUCUUUAACUUUUUUAACAUCCAAAAAUGUUUGUUAGUGAUAGUAUGUCUUUAAUGUUAUUAACUUUUUUAGAAACAUUGCUUUUGGCUGCUCAUCUGGUGUUUUUUAAGACUAUACAUUGUAUGUUUUCGCUUAUCAGCAUUUCCUAAUAUUGACCAGUGUUUUCAUUUAAAUGAACCAUCAUCUUGAACUAAACCUAACUAACCUUAAAGUAAUUGUUAUGCACUGAUAUUUAUUAUUUUCAAACCACACAUGAAAGACAUUCAUGAUGAGGGGCUUUGGAUUUAAAGCCAUAUUUUUUUUUGUGAAAUAAUGUUUCAUCAUGGUCUGCAAUGUUGCCCGUUUAGGGGACCUGUAAUCAAAAGCAAAUUUUAUUAUGACAACCCUUUUUUGAGUACCUUUAAUAAUAAGCAAGUAUACACUGAACAAAGCUGAAUCAUAUUGUAUAUCUAUAGUCAUAUUAUUAUAGUCCAUGGUAUUAUUUACAGUAAUCAAAUAUGUGAAAUAAGUGAACAAUUUUGUUGCAUGUUUGCAAAUAACCUGACCAUAUCAAGUGAGUGUUGACAUUCUUAUUUGUACUGUGUUGAAUGCUGUACAUGAUUGUACAUACAAUUGUUAAAUCUCUGUGUUUGAUAAAACAUGGACUGUAUGUAAAACAAUGUAAAACAGCAUUUUGUCUUUUGUGUGAUCACCUAAUGAAUGUUUUAUCAUAGAAGCAUCUCCAUCGCACAGUAAAAUCAUCACGACAGAGCGAAAAA